AUGUCCAGUGAGCAAGAAACGCAGGACAAGGCCACGUAUUGGAUCGUUAUCGACAAUGUCGGAAGACCAACAUACAAGAUGUCCAUUAGUGGAGUCUUCAGCAUUAGUGCAGACUGCCGAGAGCGCGAGAGGAAUACCAAGGCUUUCGAAGAAAAGCAAUUACAGAUUAGUUUAAAGCCAGACCAAGACUUCCAGGGGAAGGUCACUGACGAGUUAGACGAAAUCCUUUUGAAUCAAGCGAAGCAACCUCCCGAAGACUCCAAAAGAGAGCCGGCAAAAUUGGGUUUGCACACCGUGACCGUCAACAGAAUUCCUGAACAUAUUUUGGAACAGCACUACCCUACACAUAAGGGUUUGCCCGCGGUCGUUGCAAGAGAACUUCGUAUGGAAAGGUACCGCAGUCUGCAAUUUACGGGAAUGGAAGUUGAGAGUGUGGAAGUCUUUCUGAACCGGGAGGAUGCUAUUGAGUACGCGGAACAGCUAGAUUGUAAGCAUGAGGUUGAGGAGUUCGAUAUUGAUCCUGAGCAGGUCGAUCAUCCAGGUCUUCCCACGGCAGGUCAGCCGGAACAUCGGGCCAUCUGCGAGGCUCUUCCGAAGGACAAAGAUGAGCCUUAUAGGGUGAUAAUGCUUAGCCAUACUCUGGUGUAUGCUGUACCGCCAUCAAAAGAUUAG